AUGCUGAAGAGGUGUGCUAGGUCCUAUCUACCAAAUGGUCAAUUGCACAAGGCGAAGGAAUACAGUGAUCUAGCCGACUUUGAGCCACAGGAUCACUCGCUAUUCAAGAUUCAUACUCAUGUCACAACUCAGGGGUUUAUUUUUGUCAAUUUUGACGCACGGGAGACACCUGCAGUGAGCUUUGAGGAGCAGUUCGGCGAUGAUUUCGACCCUACUCCAACAAGGCAGACCGGCAAAGAAGUUGGUGACGAGUUCAGUCUGUUCCCGCCUCCUUCCAUUUGGGAGUACGAUCACACAUGGAAUAGCUCAGUGGCGGGCACUGAAUUCAACUGGAAGACUUUUGCGGAUGGGUUUCAGGUUCACCUUGGAUUCAUUCUACCAUAUGAAUAUGUGCCUAGAGCUGACAAGUCUCUUUAG